AUCUAGCCAGUUGUUUGUAAAGAGAUCACGUGUAUGCACUCAGCUUCCAGUAGACUCAUCCGCCGCUAUUACGUCUAUUUGGUGACUAGUGUUUGCCUAGUCUAGACUGUAGACGUAAAGUGAGCGAUGAAUAAUAUUAGGACAACAAACGUUACGACCGUCUGGAGGUGAGACGAAGGCCUCUUGCCUUUCAUUCAAGUAGUCACGAGUGUUCUGUUAGCAAACGCAUCUCGUGUAAAUGAUUAUUAAGUUACUUACCUAAUGACCUUCGUUUUCAUCCUUUGAUUCUAGGUACUACUGAUGUAUGCUCUAGUUUAUUGAAAUAAUUUGAUAACGUAGUUAUUAAAGAUUAAGUAAAUGUUUAAAUUUAGUGUGUGAAAGAGACACAAUUUUAACUAAGUAAGCAUACAAUUAAACCUAGAUACCUAUGAAAAUGUUGGACAUUAUUUUGAAUCAAUGAAAAGACUGCACUGCAUAUAAAUCAACGCUUUUAUUAUUUUUAUUCGAUUUUAUUAACUGAGUGCGUGAAACUAAUAACAAGUAUAUACAAAUAUAAUACAGUGCUCCUAAUAAUGGAACUUUAAUAAAAUGGAAUGCUUCGGGACAAAUAUAAAAAUACAUUUUCUCCAAAAAAGAACCUGAAUAUCUUUAUUGUUUGUAUUAUUGCGAUAUCAACCUAACAUUCCGUCGGAAUCUGAAAUUUAUAUUAACAUAGACAUAAUGUAAGUUAGCAAAGGCAUAUAGGCCUGCAGGCAGCUAAAGCGGACAUGUCGGUCGAAUGUCUAGACUGUAGACUGCCUACCCCCCUCACCCUUCAACCCCUCCCGUCCCCGGCGCCUACGUCAACACCACCGGAAAGCACCAGACACCCUUUGUAAGCUGUAUGAAAUUAAAAUUUGACUUUCCCAAUUUUCCCUUAUAAAAUGUAUAUUUUGUUUUCAUACAAGUAGGUAUUCGAAACAUCGGAUAGCCUAUUUGUGACGUAAUCACAAUUCACACUUCAACUGGGAAAUGGGUAGAGUCGCUUCGCUAUUCUUUGUCUGCAAUUCAUUUCAAAAUUCCCACAAAACCUUCGCCCCAAAGCUAAUUAACAAAAUGCGGCCAGAAAGAUUGACUUAAAACUGACUGACUACCUUAUGGAUAUCGGAUGAUCGCAGAAUAGACCGAAAAGGAGACGGUGGUACGACAUUGAUAAAUUCUUACGCAUGAUUCCAGUACAGUACGCAUGAGUCCACAAACAGUAAUAGAGAGAAAUGUGUGGAAGAAAAAGGGAGAGACCUUGCCCAGCAGUGGUACAACAGGCUUGUUAAAAAUAUUCUCAUCGGACAAACUAAAAAGCUUUUCCAUUGAGAAAAAAACGAAAAAUAAUUGAUCUGUUUCAGUGGGUCGGAGUGGAAAUCCUCAUAAAUACGAUAUUGCUCUACACACAAGACAUUAAAACAAUCACCCUAUUUUAUAUUGUACUAAGGGCUCAUUCCGGCUUCGCUCGGGUUAAAACUAAUAAAUUAUACGCCUAAACCUUCCUCAGCAAUCACACUAUCUUUUAGUGAAAACCGCAUGAAAAUCCGUGCCGCGGUUUUGAGUUUAGCGCGGACAAACAGACAGGCAAACGCAGCGGAGGACUUUGUUUUAUAAUAUGUAAGGAUAAUUAGAAAUUGUAUUUUAAAUGAACCUACUUAUGGUACACAAUAUGGCAUCGCAUCAGUAGGGUGAUCUUCAUGUCGACCAACAGUGGGUUUGUUUGUUACUUCUUCAGGCUCUGUCUACAUAACUAAACUGUCUACUAACUAUAAUGAAAUUUCGCAAACAUACAUAGAAACACGAAGAUCAUAGGAAAUCUUAAAUAUAAUAUUUAGGUAGGUAUAUUAGCUACAUCUUCAUCAAAUAAAACAAACUUAACAUUUAGCUAGGUAUUAUAAUUCCGUAGAGUCGAGAGCGGUGCAGCCGUCUGCCCUUCCAUCGCCCUUUGCGUACAGCGUAGGUGUUUUCUAGACAUCCAGACAUCUCGAGACAGACGGACCAUCUCGUAAAAUUCUAACUGACAUUCCUGUAGAACUGAGAAGAAAACCGGAGAGGUUAGAGUCGGUGAUGAUCAACACGUACCUAACUUGGUCGAUGAUCAAGGCCUCCUGUGAACCGACAAGAUCCCAGGUUCAAACCCUAAUUAUCUCAAUCAAUAUUCAAUUAGAAUAAUCUAAUCUCAUUUAUAUAGGUAUAGUUUCAACUUAUGCACCACAUGCUUCCGGUAAAAAAAAACAUUGUGAGGAAACCUGCCCUUUAGUUGAUAAUUUAUAAUCUGCUGUAUCAAAUAACAAACUACUCCAAACCGAAAUAUUACCAAGUGGUUUGCGUUUCAUUCCACGUAAUGACCACGACGACACUCAGCAGUAAGAAGUACGACUAGGACUUGCAAACCAACAUGACCAUCAAUCCACUUGCCCACGCUACUUUAUAUUGUAAUAACGUAAUAUACCUACGUAAAUAUGUACUGUAACUAUUUAUAAGUACCUGCACUUAUUAUCUUGUCCAUACAUUAUUGAAUAUGUGACAUUCUUGAAACGUGCAGUAAUUAAUACUUAUAACACUACUUACCAGAAACCUGUGGUGCAUGCAUACGUAGGUACACUAAAUACCUAGGUACCUAUAACAUUUCAUUUUCUAUCUGCCGUGUAAUAGUUUUAAGACUUUUAGAUAGGUAGGUACAUAGAUAAUGUUUUAUAAUGGAUUUUUCUUUUGUUCUGAAAUAAUCACACUAUGUACACUUUUUAAGUUACAAAAUGAAAUAGCUUUUACGAAAACUUUAUUUACGAACCGUGCGGUCCAUUGAGUUAGUACGUAAGUUCAUAAUAAUAGAUCAAUGGUCCUGUCUAGACAAUUCAGUUGCAAUAUUCAGUCGUCAAGCGCUGCCAUUUCGACUCGCCCGUAUAGGUACAAAUAUUUACGUAAAAUCUAAUAGAGAAACAAGUACAAAAUGGGCAAAUAUACCAAUCUUUUUAAAAUAUUGAUAACACAAUAUUUAAACGGCACGCAAUUGUAGUCCUUUUUUAAGAAUAUUUUUAAAUUAAAGUAUGAUAAAACUUUAAAAUAUGAUAAAUAUAACCAAUCUUCUUGAAAUUUUGCAUAAGUACAUAUAGUUUGAAGUAUAAAAAAAGAACAUAGGGAAAGAACUUUCAUUCCGGAAAAGUAACUGUUCCCGUGGAAAUAUUACGCAUGCGAAGAUUUGGGCAACACCUAGUAUCGUAUAACGACGACACUCCAGCGAGAUGUUUGGUCAAUUCCAUUUAGUUAGCGUAGCAACGCAUGAACGCAUGGUGGUAUAAAGCAUUGGGGCUUUAUAUUUUCCAUUACGACGUCGACAGUAGAACAGUAUAUUGAAAGUAACUCAAUAAUAGCAAUUAGUAUAAUUGAGAUGGAGGCGUCGGCACCUGCGCCCGCUGCCGCCGUGGGCGGCCGUCGGGAGCCUUCCACCGAUCCUGUCAAGGCUCAAGGAAUCCUUACCUCACUGACGCGUAAAGAACGUACGGCAGCUCGGCUGUGGCAUCAAAAAUGGGGAUUUUAUACUCGUCUGCGAGAGAUACAGGAAGAGGAAGCGCUCAAACUUGGGAUGACUCUGGGUGAAUAUCGAGCAGCCGUCAAGUCAGUGAAUUGUCAGCCAGAACCAAAAACGUAUCCAGUAGUUGUAGAUCCAUCUCCGAAACCCUUACCGCCUACCUCAGCAGCAAUAGUCGGGCGACGUGCGCUGUGUCCUUUAGAGCGCUACGGCCGCCUCGUGAAGACAGAGCGAGACUACCCCACCAGGCCUCCGCUCCCACCUGGACAAAUUUAUGACUCUUACAAACAAACUUUUGUCUUCUUAGGGAGCGUAAGCGGAGACCCGAUCUCGUACAAGCUGCCGCUGGCGCGCUGUGAGGAGCGCGACGACGCGUGGGCGCGCGCGCUUCAGCUGCGCGUGAUGCCUUUGUCUCUGGAACUCUUGGAUACACUGUGACCGAUUUUAUCGAGAAACCCUAGACCGAGUAAUAAAUUUAGGAGGGAUUGAUAAAAGGCUCUAGUUUGGUUGGCCCAGUUUAUAGUCUGGACCUAUUAAAUUAUCUGUUGAUAUAUAUGGACAAGAAAUCGCACAACCGUUUAUAUGUAAUCAAUGAUGUAAGUCGGAAAAAUAUUUAGAGACGGAUUAAGCCUGCGCGGAGGUCGUAACACCAUAUUUUUUUCCAAUUUAUUUUAUACUAGCUGAUGCCCGCGACUACGUUCGCGUGGCUGAACAAUUUUACAGACAAAGCGUAUAAUACCUGUACAGAACAUACUCAUACGACUGAAAUAUAUAUUUCGUAUAGUUUAGCUGGAACAUUGUGACUCUUCUUCAUGAAAAGUUUCAUUCAAAUCGGCCCAGUAGUUCCCAAGAUUAGCAUCAAGUUUUACGAAU